AUGGCAAUGACAGGAGCAAGAGUUACACAUAAUGGUGCCAACAAUAAUAAUAAACCAAGUGUUGGCAAUAGAGGCAGCAUCAUUGGUAACCCUGCAGGAAGAUCACAUGGUACAUCAGGGUCAUCAGGGUCAUCAGGAUCAUCAUCAUCAACAAACAAGACUGGUAAUAGGAGUGGUAGGAAUAGGGAUGAUGAUACAAAGUCAUUCAUCACAUCUUGGUUGUUGAACAUUGCAUCAUCAAACUUUGUAUUGGACACUCUGUUGGUAGUUGUCAUGCUCGUACAUCUCUCAAUGUGUCCCUACACCAAAGUAGAAGAGAGCUUCAAUCUACAAGCCAUGCAUGACAUACUAUACCAUCAGACUGAUCUUGACAAUUAUGAUCACCUUGAGUUCCCUGGAGUUAUUCCUCGUAGCUUCAUUGGCGCAUUGUUGGUGUCGACGUUGUCGUAUCCAUUCGUUUGGUUGUCACAGUAUUAUAUGCUUUGGAAUAAGUUGGCUAGUCAGUAUGUGGUGAGGGCUGUGCUGGGACUGCUUGGCAUCGCUUCGUUGUCAUUCAUGCGCAGAUCAAUCGCUCGUCAAUUCGGUAGAGACACUGCUGUCGUCUUCACACUGGUCUUGCUGUCACAGUUUCAUCUGCUCUUCUAUCUCUCGCGUCCACUGCCCAACAUCUUUGCAUUGGCAUUGGUCACUCUGGCCUAUGGCUGUUGGCUGCGCGACAAAUACUCUUCAAUGGUGGCCCUGUUGACCGUCAGCAUCUUUGUAUUCAGGAGCGAGGUGUUGGUGCUGGCGGGUCCAGUCGUCCUGGCGCUGCUCGUUACCAGACGACUGUCAUUCCUGCGCUUCGUACUCAUUGGAGCGAUCACGGCCGCAUUGGCCAUUGGCGUCAGCGUGCUGGUCGACUCAUACUUCUGGCGACGAACACUCUAUCCCGAGAUGGAGGUGUUCUUGUUCAACACGGUGGAGAAUCGCAGUCAUGAAUGGGGCACGAUGCCAUGGCACUGGUACUUUAGCUCAGCACUUCCUCGUGCGCUACUCCUUUGGUUCCCCGUUGGAUUGAUUGCGCCCGUAAUCGUUGAGCGUCGUCGUCUCACACCAUUCAUACUUCCAACACUUCUCUUCAUCAUCCUCUACUCCUUCCUCCCUCACAAAGAGCUUCGAUUUAUCAUCUAUGUCUUGCCCAUCCUAUCCAUGUCAGCAUCAGUACUCAUUGCCAAAGUGUUCCGACAACUUGGAAAGGGAACAAUGUACAAGUUGAUGGCAUUGGGCUUCGUGGCGGCAAUUGUGGCCAAUGCAACGAUAUCAGCAGGCUUCUUGUAUGUGUCCUCGUUGAACUAUCCAGGUGGACAUGCAUUCACCCGACUUCAUCAGGUUGAAUCGGGUCGUUUAGAUCAACCACUCAAUGUACAUAUCGAUAACCUUGCAGCCAUAACAGGUGUAAGCAGAUUUGGUCAACUAUCAUCAAAAUGGACAUACUCAAAGAAAGAAAGAGAUGUUGAAUAUUUGGACUAUGACUUAUUGAUCGCACCGAAUAGAACAGCAUCAGAAGAUGGUCUUGGCUUUAAUACAAAGGAUAGUGUUUCGGGCUUUGUCAAGCUCCAACGAACAUCAUCUCCACCCUACAUUCAAGUGAUCCAGGAGGAACAACUAUUCAUUCUUAGCAAAAAACCACAACAAGCAAUACCUGUUAGAUGA